AUGCUCGUUGCACGUCCACCGGAUGGUUCCGUGCUAGGCCAAAACAACAACGUCAACAGCAUGAACAAACACAACAACAACCACAUCAACAACUACAACAACAUUGACCCAUGCCUCGACACAUGUGGACGCAAUGAGUUCAAUUUGGUCCAAGCCAUCUUCGCUACCAAUCAAGCGUGGGUGUGGUUCCAGAUUUGUGCCAACCCCACUCGCUUUCUAGUCCUGUUCGUGCAGGUGACAGCCUGCUGUCGGCCUGAUUCUAUGCGUUCCAGUGUGGAUAGCCCUCACGUGUGGUUGUUCAGGCCACAGCACCAUGCGCCCAAAUCAGGCUGUCAGCCGUGCGCCCCGGUGCGUCCGACUCUAAAUGUUCUGCCAUGUAACGACCUCUCUGAUCCAACCUAUUCUAAAUUGGGGGCCAGUGCGUCUCAGCUGGUCCGAAGACACGAACUGGACACGUGCGCCGCCACUGUCUACAGACGGCGCAUCCGACUGCAUGGACAAAUCGCGCUCCACCAACCAAUCCUUUUUCUUUUCGCAGUUCGGCUGGCUUAUGCGCUCGUCCUCCCAUUUUUCGUUUGCUCUACCAAAUUGGAAUACAAAUGCUUGCACCUCAUUGAUUUGCUAUUCUACCAUAACUCAUUUUCUGUGAACCGACCUACUUGCUCGGAGCCCAUAAGUUUUCAGUGGAGGGUUUAUUGGAAACAAAUACUUGCUUGCACCACCACUGUUCCCUAG